AUGGAAACUAGAAAAAAGGAGAGCAAAACAAACAAAUACUUAACCCCCAUUCUUGAAUUGAUCAGCCUAUACUACCAUCCUAUCCUCGCCACACCACAGCCACCACAACAUGACCGGGCCCAUUUCGUGCUGGUUCAUGGAGCCAGUCACGGGGCUUGGUGUUGGUAUAAACUGAUACCAAUAUUGAAAUCUCAAGGCCACAACGUAACUGCAGUCGACUUAGCAGCAUCCGGGAUCGAUCUACGCCGGGCUGAGACUCUACAAUCGGUCGCAGAGUAUAUUGGACCGUUGAUGGACCUAAUGGAGAGUCUAAGCGAGGAUGAGAAGGUGAUUCUCGUGGCACAUAGUUUUGGUGGGCUUGCUAUUUCCAAGGCCAUGGAGAUAUUCCAUGACAAGGUUCACAUGGCUAUUUUCGUCACUGCCCUAAUGCCUGGCCCGACCUUCAAUUUCACUUUGCUUUCUCAAGGGUUGGUGAGGUGGCAAGCUCCACAACUGGACUUGAAGUUUGUAUUUGGAAAUGGGCCUAAUAAAUCUCCUACAAUUUUUAUCAGAGGCCCACUUUCUAUUUCAUUAACUAUGUAUGACCUUAGUCCUAACUAUGACGUAGAAUUGGCGGGAUUAUUGGUACGGCCACAACGAUUAUUAGAGAUAGACACAAGUCUUGUGCUCACACCCGAGAGAUUCGGGUCGGUAAAUCGAAUCUUUGUUGUGUCCGAGAAAGACAAGUCAUUGAUUAAAGAGUUGAUUAAAGAGUUUCAGCUCUGGAUGAUCAAGAAUAAUCCUCCUAACCAAGUGGAGUAUAUCCAGGAUUCUGAUCAUAUGGUCAUGAUUUCUAGGCCGUUAGAUCUCGGUGCUCGUCUUUUGUCUUUGGCUAACAAAUUCGCUUGA